GCAUAUACUCUGGCCAUAUAUAUAUAUGUAGAACUUCCAACCACGGUGGCUAUUACUCCUGAUCUGAGUUCCUUGCAAUUCUUGUCCUACUGUAAAGAGUCUUCGACAUCAGUCAUUGACAGCUGUUCUCGCCUCACUGUGCAAUUUUACCACUGGCACAGUGUUAUCCAUCCAAGAGUUUCCAACUACCGGCACACACCACUUCGUAGUGCCUCCCAAAACGAUUUCUGUAUGUGCAGAGAACCGCAAUUCAUCAAGAAUUUCCUGAGUCGAGCUCCAGCUAGAAAGCGCCAAAGCAUCGCUCAACGACUUACGGGCGUUGGUUUGUUGCUACCGGACUGACUUGCAUCCAUUAUUAAUGAGUAUAGCAGCUGACUCCUUGCCAGGAAGCCUCAUUAAUUCGACAGCUUGCGCUCUUCCAAUACCACUCUUGUACAAUGACGCGCUCGCACAAACUGAACGAUCGGGACCACACCGGGCCCGCUGAGGAUGAACAUCUUCCUCGCUACUUUGCAAAGACGGGUCCCGUCGCUGUCGAUCCCCACAAGACGAAGAAGAAUGGGGCUGGGAAGGGUAACUGGGGCCGCUCCGGAGAGGAGGUACAAGACUAUGAAUAUACAUUCACCAAUACGCGACGCCAUUCCAAUAGCAGUAACCAUGGCCUGACCGACUUCAAAACCAAGUUUGAAACUGUCGAAGCGGAGCCUGUAUUCGAAGAGGAACUGCAUGGACAGCCUGAGCCAGGUCAGACAGGCGCCUAUAUUAUCUCCAAAGUUGACAGUAAUGAAAGCAGCGGUAGCACUACUGAGAGCGCCAAGGACUAAGUAUUGAACUUGAAGGACGAAUGCGUUGGGGUGCAGUUAUCACAAGAUAUGAAAGGGAAGGUUCUAUGUUUGCCUAUUAUGAUGUAUUAUUAUUAUUAUUAUCAUUAUAUGUCGGAAUGAUUAGUUAGUUAUUUUUCUACGGUACUUACUUACAUA